CACAAAUCCUAGCUGCAUUUGUUUCUGCGUGCUGGGAUCUGAAAGAGAGCUGAAUCAUGGGGAAGGUGGCUUCCAUCUUCCAGGAGUCCUGUUGCCCCGGCGUGGUGGAGGAAAAGGAGACUGUGACUGCUUGGGCUGGUGUUGACACCCUGCCAAUGCUUUUAGGUUCCGUUGAGCAGGAGUGGGUUCAACACAGGAUCAUUCCGGCGAAUCGACUAGAGGUGGUUCCAGAAGAACGCGACGCCGAGGAAAGUGCGGAGAAGGAAAAUGUUAUCGAGGUUCACUCCUCUGGAGAGGCCUUGAAACCCAGGGCGGAGAAAGCACCGCCGGCGGAGAAAGCACCUGCCAAACGAGUUCCGCCGCCAUUGCUUCCCAUUGUGAAGCGCAGGUAUCCUUAGGUGUCCAUGACUUGCCCCUAGCUAGCAGCGGGUCCCUAGCAGCGGACCCCUGAAACCAAC